AUGUCGCUCGCACAAACUCGUUUGCAAGAGGAGAGGAAGCAAUGGCGUCGCGAUCACCCGUUUGGCUUUGUCGCCAAGCCAGCCCGUAACGCGCAGGGCGUCCUGGACCUGAGAAAGUGGGAGUGUGCUAUUCCCGGCAAGGAGCGUACGCUGUGGGAAGGCGGCGUCUUCAAGCUGGAAGUCGCGUUUCCGGAGGAAUACCCCACCAAGCCGCCCAAGUGCAAAUUCGUCCCCCCGCUCUUCCACCCGAACGUCUACCCCUCGGGCACGGUGUGUCUGUCGAUCCUGAACGAAGAGGAGGGCUGGAAGCCCGCCAUCACCAUCAAAGAGAUCCUGCUGGGCAUCCAGUCGCUGCUGGACGAGCCGAACCCAGAGUCGCCCGCGCAGGCCGACGCGUUCAACCUGUUCAAGAAGGACCGCGCCGCGUACGACAAGAAGAUCCGCCAGAUCGUCAAGGACCACCCCGCUCCUUGA